UUAUUGUUCUUGGAUUAAAUAAAUAGUUGCUGUCCCUCUAGAAGACCAUGACAAAUCUGAGGCAAAUCCUUCUCCUUUUAUUAAUGACAAUUGACUCAUUCCAUACGUUAUAGAGGCUAAGUCUUAGAAAGAUUGCCCUGUCAGUGUCACAAAAACUAUCAAACAACUUCUUUCUUUCGAUCUCACUCUUAUUUCAGUGUCUAGGAGUUUCCCUUCUGCAGCACUCUGUGUUGAUGAUAUACAUGGAGAACCCUUCUAAUUACAUGCUUCUUGAAGCCACUGGUGACUCUGAAACUGACUGCAACCCCACUAUGGAAGAACUUGGCAGAGAAGAUGACGAUGCUCAAUCUUGCAUCCACGAUACUUCUGAGACAUCUAAUGCUGCUGAGCUCAAAGGAUACGAGUUUUGGAAUAAUGAUCAUGAUGCAGAUGAUGUUGAUGAUGAUGAGAAGAAACGUGAGGUUCAUGGAACAUCAUAUUGUGAUGAUGAUGGUGAUGAUGAUGAUCAGAUGCAAGAACAACAGAAGUUCUGUGUGUCUGAUGAGUCAGGCCAUGAAGUGUUGGAUGAGAUGGAAAAGAACAGGAGGUUCUGGGAAGCUUGCUUGGCAUCGUGAUUAGGUUUGAAGUAAUUCCCUUUUUCUGAAUCACACUGCUCUGCCUUCAACAACAUUCAUACAAUUUAUUCUUUUUUUUUUUUUUAGCUAAACUUAUCAGAAAGAUAAAAGCUUUCAAUUGUAUGUAUCUAUGGCUAAACUGAUUUGUUCAGAGUUUCAAACCACAUUCACUUGUAUAAACCAUGAUCACACUAUUCAAGUAUUACCAUUUCUUAUAACAGCUUAAUCGUG